UAUGAAGAAGUGUAUCCAUUUAUGUGGCUGCGGCAUCUUAUACGAGCUCUUAAAUUGAGUAUCCGUACUAUGUAAAUUGAGAUCUUAGUGCUGCCUUUCAACUUCUGGCUGGCAGCAGGGCUAAUGCAAAGUUUAUUGGCUUGCAUUCAUGUUAAGAGAACACAAACGAUCGGCUGUUUGAUGUACGCACCAUUCGAACUAACUAUGAAGCUUAAGCCUCCCAAACGUUAUUGAAAGAGCUUUAUCAAAUAUAGUAAAUGGCUGGAGAAUCCUUCUAAUGUUAAGGCCGCGAAGUUCCUGUCAAAGGGGUAAUUUGAAUGCACAUUGCUCGCUUCAUUGCAGAUAAAUGGUCAUUUUAUAACUGUAAGUAACAUUUCCAACGUAACUGUUUUGGCACAACAAAUUGAUGGAAUGCAUGGAAGAAAUGCGGAUGUCAUGGUAAGCUUAUAAUGUGAAUAUCUAAACUGCUUAUCAUCCAAACUCACAUAACUACAUUUUACAUGUUUCAUGAGACGUAACUCAGAGUUAAAGGUAUGAGUUAAUUAGUCUUUUUGGUGGAAUGUUUUUUAAAUGCACAUAAAUAUGUCAUGAGAAGCUUAAAAUCCUAUUGAUUUCAGGAGUGCUUGAACUAAUCUACAAUCAGAUUUGCCAAAAUUUCAUUUUAGUCAAUAUUCAUGUUACUCGAGCAUCUUGUUCUCCAUAUAUUUUUAUUUCGGUUGAAUGCUUUCCGCUUAUUUUUGUUUUAUCUAAUUAUAUUCUUGAACUUAAAAAAUUUGAAGAUCGCUGAAUAAUAUUUGAACUCAUAGCUGCAUGAUGCUUGUGGUAUCUUAUAUUCUUGAUUAUUAACCACAAAACAUGAUGUAAUUAAUGGAAUGUGUUUAAUGCUGCUCACUGUGCCCUGUGUUUGCCCAGGCAUUCGGUAGUGUUGAAGAAGCUCUACUUAGACUAGAGAAAUUGCUUUAGGAGUUGCAUGUAUCAAGCACUGAUUCUGGAAAAGAGAAACUAAAAGCUGCUUGUUCUGAUCUUGAAGAAUAAGAAAGCUUAAAAAGUUGGUCGAAAUUUCUGGAGGCAUCUUUCAGAGAAAAGCAGCGUCCCUUCAACAGGCAUUUUUUAGCUAUUUCUUUUCCAGGCUGCAGUAGCUAUCUUCGGCAUAUUGACUAAUGAUAAGAGGUGAUGGCAUUCAAAUUACAACUGACACGUACUCAUAAGGGUGUGUGCAUGUACUUUUCCGUGCGAUAUUUCUGUAUUUUGUGAAGUAACAAAUUUAUGUUUUCUGAAUUGGCUUUAUAUGUUUAUUAUUUGGUAAUCAAGCUGUCUUGUGAGAGUUCUCAAGUUGUGUUUGGUUCUAACAACAGAGAACAGACUGCUGCAUAUGUUAGUGAUGCAGAGUCAUCAAGCUUUCCCUCUACAUGCUUAAUAGUCUCAUCAUCACUUACAGAAAAUCAAAUAUGCAAAUAAAAUAGUGCAUGCCUGUUUAUUUUCCUUCACGUUCAAGUAUUAAUCCUUGUAAUACUGAUCGUAAGGGUGAUGAUGAGAGUAGUUCACAAACUUUUGUUAGCGAGCAGCAAGUGUACUUAAAAGGGAAAAGAGAAAGUGCCAAUGAAAGACUAGACAUGAGCAACAGUAAAUCCUUAUGGCUUUGGAACUUUGUUCGCUUCCCAGCCGAGAAGCCUGAUUUUGACUCAGCAGUCAUAGAUGGAUCUUUCCACGGAGCUGGUAGAAUACAAAGUUGCUCGGCUUACAUACAUGUUAAGAGAAAACAACAGGCAGGCUGUUUGCAGUACACACCAUUUGGACUAACUAAGAAACUUAAGCCUUCCUGCAUAAUUGAAAGGUACCGGAAGAAGGUGAAUAUAGGAUUGACCCAACGCACGAAAAGCAAAAAGCUUGAUAAGAGGAAAAGCGAAGUGGAUGAAGAACUAAUCACAUGGUUUUUCUACACCUUUACUGUACUAAGUCUUGCAUGAUUGAAAUUAUUCUUACAGGACAGAGGAAGUAUACAGAACAGGUCCCUUCAUUUCUUUGAUUGGCCACCGCCUUUCGGCUAAUGAUAACGACAAAUUGGGACCCUCCCACUUGUAAAGCACUGAACAUUGGACACUCUGCUAGCAAGGUCAAUGGUGUCUCUUGUGUCUGAAUCUCUUUUGGGCCCUUACAAUCGGUUGACACUGUACUCAGGUAAUGCACAUAUCUUUGCUAGUCUUUUUGUUAAUCAAUUACUCAAUUAUAUCAAUCUUUUCAGUUUCUUUACAAGUUGUGAUGAACAUGUGGUGAUAAGCUAGAAGGCUGUGAUCUGUAGUACUGUAUUGAGUGAUAUGCUGGCUAAGCAUUAGUUUAUUUUGUAAAAGGUGGUUUCUAAUUGGUGGAUUGUAAUUUUUGACUCUACUUUUCCUCAGGCUUUUAUUAGCCACAGAUUCCAUAUUUUUCCAUAGGGUGACUUUACAAUUUGUAAUUGCUGUCUAGUUCUAGGAUAACAUUUUUGGCGCUGGUAGCGGUAGCAGGUACUCAGUUUUGUUGCACAGAAAUGGAUUUGUUGCUGAUUGGGGUGUCUAAAGAAACAAAGGGAUUGUAUUCCUUAAUCAUUUACUUGACAUAUUUUUCAGUUUGUCUUGGUAUAAGGUGGCUAUUAUGAGAAAGAAGCUUCAAAUUUUCUUUCAUAGUGGAUUCACGCAUGUAAUCUACGUUUUAACGUUUUUUUUUUCAUUUUGGAAAACACUUUUGAAAUUAUAAAACUCAUAUAUAAACGCCGUUUCAUUGUUUAA